CCGCGGUUGCAAUUGGGAGGGAGAGAUUUUUCCGCCAUUUCUGAAAAACGGUGCGGAGCCUGCAGCCUCUGCUGCGGAGCCGGUGGGAGUUGAAGCAGAGGUUGCGGGCGCUGCUGCAGAGCCGACGCUCGUUGGUGUGGGGCGCUGCUGUAGAUCCCGGCCGGAGUUGGUGCUGUUGAGCCGGCGGGAGUCGCAGAGCUUGCAGGGCGCUGCUGCUGUAGAACCGGCGGAGUAGCUGCACAGCUUGCAGGACGCUGCUGCUGUAGAACCGGCGGAGUAGUUGCAGAGCCGGCGGGUGCUGUUGCUGUAGAACCGGCGGAGUAGUUGCAGAGCCGGCGGAGUAGUUGCAGAGCCGGCGGGUGCUGUUGCUGCUGCGGGUCCGGGCCGCGCCGCUCGCGCUCCGGGUCCACGUGGGCUCAACAUUCUCGAACCUCCCGGGGAAUGGAGUUCCAAGCGUCUGAACCAAUGUCUCUGGGAUCACCGACGUCUCCUAAGCCUGGUGGAGGGGCCCAGUUUCUGCCUGGUUUCUUGAUGGGGGAUUUACCAGCUCCAGUCACUCCACAAGCACGUAACUAUGUUGGCAAUUUGGCCGGUAUAACGGAUGUACGAAUUCCAUUUGGAGGGGGCACACAUCCCCAACCAGUCGUCUCCAGCCCUAAAGAUAAGUGUGGUGGUGCACCACCGGUUCGUAGUCUCUAUGAUGACCUGGGAACGUCAAGAGCUGGACUUGCAUCCUUAAACUCACGGCAACUGGGGAAUAUUACAAGGUUACAAACUCCUGUGUCUGGAUGUAAUGCUUCGACACCUGGAUCAGGUGGUCAUGUAUUUAGUCCAACCACAAUUGGCCAUCACCGAAAGUCCACACUUUCACCAGCACAAGCAGAUCCUUUCUACACUCAAGGGGAGUCCCUCACUUCGGAUGAUCAUUUAGAUGAAACGUGGAUCACAGUUUUUGGGUUUCCUCCCGCCUCUGCUUCAUACAUCCUCCUCCAAUUUGCACAAUAUGGGAAUAUCUUAAAGCACGUGAUGUCAAACAAUGGGAAUUGGAUGCACGUUCAGUAUCAAUCGAAACUUCAGGCCAGGAAAGCAUUAAGUAAAGAUGGGAAAGUAUUUGGCGAGUCUAUCAUGAUUGGAGUGAAGCCAUGCAUCGAUAAAAGUGUUAUGGAGACAAAUGAUCGAAAUUACGGACCUGUUUUCUCUGUCUUCACUCCUCCUAUCAACACUGUGGGAACACCUGCCCCGUCGCCAAGCACACCCAGAAAUACUGCAAUCAGGCCUUUGGCCGCUGCAUACAAAGCAUCUAGCAGCGACUAUCAGGUAGUUUCAGACAGGCAGACCCCUCGUAAAGAUGAGACUCUUGUUUCCAAAGCCAUGGAGUACAUGUUUGGUUGGUAGUUCAGCUUUCCUCCAAUUAAAGAACCUGGAAAAUAGACUUUUUUCUUUCAAGGUUAAUGAUACGUGCUGAAACUCUAUUUUAAUGUGCAAUUACGGACACCAUUUAUUAACAGGGAAACCCACCGUACUAAUACAGUUUGGUUAGUUGUAUAACCACUGCUAUUGUUGGUACAAGGAUGUGCAUUUAUUCAGGUCUACUUUCUGACCAAGCACCCUGUAAAUAGUUUGCACUUUAGAGUUUAACAAUGCAUAAAUUUGCAAGAAGUCUGAUUAAAGAAAGGUUUGCCAGAUAAUAUGGAUUGUGUAUGAAUGUCCAAUUGUUGCCUUUUUAAUGUUUUGAUGCAUGUAUUUUCCUGGUAUGACAAUGUGUAUUUGGGGGUGGUGUUAAACUUUUCAGAUCAUGUACAUUAUUUCUUUGAAUUAACAUCUGUCCUAAAGUUCACCGAUUGUAAUUUUAUAAUCUGCAUUCUCAAGCAAAAAUAAAUUAUCUUUCUACAUGCAGAAAAAAUUCCAUGAACGUGAAUAACAAAUAUAGAAUUUGUCUUUUUUAUGUGGAACUGACAAUGUUACACAAAAUGAUCGGGAGGGUAAUCUAAUUUUUAUUUUACAAGUGAAUGCCAAAAAGUUCCAGAUUUUAAUUAUUGAGCUCAAUUACUGCAUAUUCCUAAGUAUUGAUAGUAUUUUUUGGUAUUCAUUGUUUUGUAAAUCUUUUUUAGAAAAUGUAUUUUUCAAAGUCAUAUUGUUGUAUGGCAUUCAACGUGAUUUGUGACCAGUUAAUAAAAUAUGUGGAGGAGAGUUUUCUGAUUGAGUAGAUUUUACAGAAUAGUGUAUAUUUAAAAUUGGUAAAUUCUGUAUAUUUAAAAAUCUUAAAGCAUUGCAAUCUGCAAUUGCAAGUUAAAAUUAAUAAAAAACUUGCGUAUAUAAAAUGUGGACACAGAAACAUUGACACUUUUCAAAUAAAAGUUGGAUGCUUUCAG